CCAGGAGUUGCCUGCUACGCAUGCGUGGGCUGCAAAGUAUCAGGCAGCACGGAGCUCGGCAGAGUACAGCGGAGGCUACCUGGAGAAGGAGGCGUGUGCUCGGCGGGUACAGCGGAGGCUACCUGGAGACGGAGGCGUGUGCUCGGCGGGUACAGCGGAGGCUACCUGGAGAAGGAGGCGUGAGCUCGGCGGGUACAGCGGAGGCUACCUGGAGACGGAGGCGUGUGCUCGGCGGGUACAGCGCACCUGCUGGACUAUAUACCCUGAUAGGGAGCCAAUGCUACCGGGCACUGACAGGUCUCCGAAGACAAUAUGUGCAUGUGAUGGUGGAUGAAGUUUUGGAUUAAGAUGCUUUCCUACUGCCCUGUGGUCCAUCAUUAGUGAUGCCCUAUUUAAUGAAAAGUUUGCACCAAGAUGCAUGUUAUGAACUGUGUAUCGCUGGUCAAUGAGAAAGAGAAUGGUGAUUGUAAUGUAGUUAUUACUGACUUAAUGCUUGAUAACAAACUAACAGCAGUGCCAGCAGCAGCUCCACCACCACCUCCUCCUCCUCCGCCUCCACCUCCUCUACUGCUUCCCUUUCAGAACCAUGACUCUCACACAGGGCCACCACCACCACCUCCCCCACCUGGUGCUCCACCUCCUCCUCCACCAUUUUUACAAAAUGGCAUUUACGGAUUUGGCAAUAACAAUAAGAAAAAGAAGAUGAGGAACUUUUUCUGGAAAACCAUACCUGAAGAGCAAGUCAAGGGUAAAACCAAUAUUUGGACUUUAGCUGCUAGACAGCAUCAGUUCCAAAUUGACACAAAAACUAUUGAGGAAUUGUUUGGGCAACAAGAGGAUGUAAAGUCCGGAAUGAUCAAGAGAACUAGGAGCUCUAGGUCUUUCGGUGAGCCAAAGGAUGAGGUUUGCCUUCUAGAUUCCAAGAGAAGCAUGAAUAUUGGGAUAUUCUUAAAACAGUUUAAAAAGUCUGCCGAACAUGUCAUUGAAGAUAUUCGAAAGGGGAAGUGUGAUUUGUAUGACUCUGAAACCCUGCAGGAACUACUAAAGAUGUCUCCAGAGCCAGAAGAGGUGAAGAAGUUGAAAGCCUUCAAUGGUGAAAUUACAAAAUUGUCAAUGGCAGACUCAUUUAUGUACAUGCUGAUCCAGGUGCCAAAUUAUUCAUUGCGAAUAGAAGCUAUGGUGCUGAGGAAACAGUUUUCCGCUUCUUACUCCUCAUUGAAUCAAGAUAUGAUGAUAAUCCGAUUAGCUACAAAAGAACUAAUGUCCUGCGAGCAGCUACACGCCAUCUUAUACUUGGUCCUACAAGCUGGGAACAUUAUGAAUGCAGGUGGAUAUGCUGGCAAUGCUGUUGGUUUCAAACUGUCUUCACUGCUCAGGCUAGCAGACACGAAGGCGAAUAAACCAGGGAUGAAUCUGUUACAUUUUGUGGCUCUGGAAGCCCAAAAAAAAGAUGCUGCAUUACUUACAUUUUCUGAGAAGCUGCAACAUGUAAACGAAGCAGCCAGGUUGUCCAUAGAAAAUAUAGAGGCAGAGUUUGAUGCACUGUUAACUAAAACAAAAUCCCUCAAAGACCAGAUCAAGAAGGACACAGAGUUAUCACAGCAAAUCGAACAGUUUCUUCAGAAUGCUGUAAAAGACUUGAAAGAGUUGGAGAAGCAAAAAGUGGAGCUACGAAAGGAAGGGAACACUCUCAUUGACUUCUUCUGUGAAGAUAAAAAAAGCAUGAAACUUGAUGAAUGUUUCCAAAUCUUUUGGGAUUUUUGUGAAAAGUUUAACAAAGCUGUAAAGGAAAAUAAAGAGCGAGAAAUUCAAGAUCUAAGACAGCAGAAGAGAAAGAAGGAAGCGGAACUUAAACGGCGCUCGUGGAUCUUUGGAGAGAAUGGAGGGUUUGGAAGGAGUAGCAGUGAAGGUGAUGUUGAAUUAUUAACAAAAAAAGGACUUGAAGACUUUUUGCCAUUUCUCCAACAAAGACCUCAAAGUCCAUUAAGCAGAAAUUCAAGCAUAAGGCGGUCCCGCCUGUCCCUAGGAGUUACAGCAGGUCGAGAACUGCAGCAAUUCCUGGAAGCUCCACAGGAUGAUCAAGCAAACAAAUUUAACAGUCUGCCCCGAUCUCACUCUCAUCAGCCAAGACCCACAGUUGCAUGGAUAGGAACCAAGGAGAAAAAAGACCAGGACCUUAACAUUAUGGACUUGAAUGAGAAUGAAGUUGUGCAGACAUCUCAUCCAUUACCUACAGUACUUAUCAGUUUAGAAGAUGAGGUACAUGACCACACUGCCUUUCCAGACUUUCAUUACAAACAGGAAAAAACAGACAGGAAUAAUAAUCAACAACAAAGCUGCCAGACUAAGCCAGAAAGCCAGCUUAAAAAGACAGAAUUAAGUCCUUUAAUGGUGACCAUAGAAGGACGAGAGCUGGUUAAAAAGUUGCAAAAAUUUGAACUUCAGCGACCUGUAAAAGAAAACACUGAUACAUGCAUUACUAACUUAGAAACACUUGAUGAGUUAAACAUGGAUUCCUUUAGCUGUGUAGAUGACAGUACUAUGCCAUUAAAUAAAACUACCAAAGACAACACAUAUAGUCGAGUAAGUACCUCAGAGGAAACAACUGAUACAAGUGAAGCUCAUUUAAACAGUACUGGGACUCCUGUGUCAGAAAACACACAUGUCUCAGAAAAACAAGAGCACCAGCCAUUGUUUUAUGUUGAAGAUGGUACAGAUAACUCUUUAACACUUAACUGUUCUAAAAGUGAAGAUAUGUAUGAGAAAGAAGAUGGAAAUGUACUGAUUCAUCAAUCUAAGCGUACGGAAGGAUCAAAUAUAUCUGUUUCUGAUCAUUCUGAAAGCUCAGAACAUGGGGUUAAAAAGAGCACUAUAUCUAAGGAGGGUACUGCGAAAAGUAAAGACCCUAAGGAUCUCAAGAGGCAUAACUCCUUGAGUGAAAAAAUCCCAAAUUACGCUAAGCCAACUGUUUCUCGUCUAGUUAACACUGUUACUGCUAAACCUGUUCGUAUGUUGAAUGACACUGAGCAUGUGACUAUGAGAAAAGUGGUGCCCAUCUCGAAGUCCAACAGACCUGGAAGUAUAAAACGUACUGAACUCAGGAGUUCGCUACGGGAUGAGGCAAAACCAGAUGACCUCAGACAGACAGAACGUCAUUCUCUCCGAGCAAAAACUGAUAAUACUCCAAAAACUUCUCCUAGGUCUAGUACCAGUACAGAGGAACCCAAGUUUCAAAGAGGAACAAGCUCUACUUCUAGUAAUUCACGUUUUCAGAGGGACCAGAUUCAGAGAAAAAGUUCUAUCAAAAAACCAGCUGCCAAGCCAGUUAGAAAUAUUACUAAGCCAAAGCUUGAUGAAACCAAAAUCUGUCGAACAAAUCAGAAACCGAAUAUACCUACUGCAGAAGUAAGCAAAACUCCACCAACCAAUACCCUGAAAACUUCAGCGUCUACUCCUAGUUUUGCCAGGAAUACUGUAGCCUCAUCUUCCCGCCAUGCAAAGACAGAAGCUUCUCCUCCUACCCCCGUAAAAACAUCAACCAUAACUAGAUCCACAUCUUUGCGCCAGUCAAAGGGAAAAUCUGAACCAUUAAGUAGAGAUUCUACUCCCAAAGAAAACGGUACUGCUGCUACCUUCAAAAGGACAAAUAGCAUGAAGAAAAACGGGAAGCUGACAGAAGCUACUAAUAAUUGCAAACCUGAGACUGCCCUUAUAGAAAAGAGUGUAGUUGAAAAAUCUUCUUUAAAACUUAAGGACACAGGCAAAACAACACUGGGGAAAAUACUCAAGCCUUUGCUGAAGUAGAUGUUUAUUUAAAGAGUCUUUUUAAUAUGACAACCCCAAUUUGGGUGAAUUUACUAAAGGAACAGUUUUUCAAAAAGUUUGACAAGCUGUGCUCACAGUUUUUCCUAUAGAAUGUCGACUGUGAGAACUACUAACUAAACUUUUUUUCGGCAAGUGCAUUAUGCAGCUUCAUGAAGGAAUUUGUGUUGUAAUAGUCUUUGAGCUGGGCUGAAAGUUAUUUUCCGAAUAUGUCUCCACAGCUAUCACUUCCUGAAAAUGAACAUUUAUGGGAGAAUUAUUAUUUUUUUUUUUCCAAAGGUACAAGCUAAUCAUUGACUUUGUAUGGCUGGCUGCUUCUGUCUAAUGGAGUGCUUAAUCUUUCUUCCAUUGGCUGAAUAAAAGGGACUCUGCUGGGUGGAGUCUCCUAAAUUUAUGGAUUUAAUAGCAAUGACUGGCACUGGUGUUUCACUGCUCUACAAGUUAAAACAAGAGGAUGACUCUGCGACGCUGUUACAUACAGAACUAACUACUUUGAACACAAAAGUGCCAUAUAUUUAUAAUGAAUAUGGUUUCACCUCUCUAUUUAAAUUUUGAAUAUUUGUUGACAGCACUUCACCCAUUCAUAGUGUACGCACUGUGAUUCUAGCCUAUAGUUCACAUGUGAUUCCUGCUGCUAGGCUUUUAUCAUGUAAGAUUUGAAAUGAAAGUCUAUUGUUACUCCUCCUUUCCCUGUUGGUCAAGUGAUAUGGGACAGACACUUAAGUAAUAUUGGUUGUAUUCUAAUAACCUGUUUUACUAUUUUAUAAAUAUUACAAGGACAGCUAAAUCCUGUGACUGUAAUUGUAAAUGAGGUGGUGAUACAAUAAGUAUAUUAGUCUUAAAACCCCAAGAAGACAAAUGUUUUUCUUAAAACAAGCUAAGACUUUAUUUGCUAUGAUAAAACACUAUCACUUGCUAUGCUAUGAAAAAACUCUAUAACUACUAUAACAUGUCCAGAUGGCAAACACCCACUGCCAAAGUAUACACUUGACUUUGAGGAAGUGA